UCCUACAGAUUACCGAUGCACAAGCCUGCUGGCUGAGUGUGCUUCGUCGCGCUGCACAGUUUCUUUACAUUGACCAUUUCUUUGUUUUUGACGCAGCAGUGGACUGACAUAGACACGAAGGAGAGGGAGGUGGUCAAAGUGCAACAGAUCUGCAGAAACUUCACAGCUACCGACGGGAAGAUAACUUGGAUAAAGCCAAGGUUUGGAGAUGCAUUCAGCCAUGGAAAGACUGAAACACAACAUGGAUGCUGUGUUUUUGUAAAUAUUAUAUCAUGGAGCUACUUCGUUUUUGCAAAAGGGUAUAGGUGGCAGAAGCUGGUUCACAACAGAACAUCUUAUUUCCAGAUUCAGUGAGUGGAUCCUAGCUGGACGACGAGGAUAGUCUCUAUUGGAGACUAAUGCAAAUGGUGUCCAUUGCUCUGCUUAGUGACAUGGAGUCAAAGCCAUAUUGUGAAGAGAAUACAGACACCGCAGUGGAGUCGACAGAGGUAAAAGAGGCCAUGUCUGAGCUUCCUGACAGAGACAGUCCUACUGAGCAGUCUGCAGAGGAGCAGGAGGAGUUGUCUAAGAGUGGGCAGCCUGAAACAGAAAGCAUCACAGGAGAGAAUAAAAGCUCCGAGAUAAAAAGCUCCUGUGAUCCUGAGUGUAAUGACACAGAGACAGAAUGCAAACCAGAGAGGAAACUGAGGAAAACAAAUAGCUGGAAGAUGGUGCGAUUCCAGGAUCCAUCAGAGGAAGAUGAUGUGUCGGAGAGGGACAGCUCAGUGGAGUGUCUGUUUCCACAGUAUGUGAUGCAGGAGUGGACUUCCCUGACCUUUGAGGAGUUGUUUAUGGCAGAAGACUGGCAGGACAUUACAGAAGACCGGCUGUUGAGGAAGAAGGUUCUGGAGCCAGGUCCCCCCCUGGCACUUCGCCCCACAUGGGGUCAAGAGGUGAUGGUCAAGAUGCAGUCUGUCCUGGAGGACCGCACAGUGGUGGAGAAGGACUGCAAGCUUGUGUUUGUGAUUGGAGAGGGAGACGUAACCCAGGCCCUGGAGGAGUGCGUCUUAUCCAUGCAGAGGGGUGAGAUCACAUUACUGCUGGCAGAUUCACAGUAUGCCUAUGGACUUCUGGGAAGGGAGCCUGAUAUUCCAGCCUGGGCUCCUUUGUUGUCCCAGCUGCAGCUGCUGGACAUCAGAGACAAACCAGACCCUCUAACGCUGCCCAUAGCAGACCGCAUCCGCAUCGGCAACCAGAAACGAGAACGAGGAAACUUUCACUUCCAGAGAGAGGAGUACAGCAUGGCUGCAAGAUCCUACUCUAUGUCUCUGGACAUGCUAACCACAUGCAGCGGAGAUGGUGGCAGCAGCGGCGUGGCGGCAGAGGAGGAGGAGAUGCGGGAAUACCGGGUGAAGUGUUUGAACAACCUGGCAACGGCUCAACUCAAACUGGAGCAGACGGACGACGCGCUGCACACCAGCAGGGACGUCCUGACCCUGGAGCCAAACAACGUCAAGGCCCUGUUCAGGAUGGGGAAGCUCCUGUCAGACAAGGGUGAAUACAAAGAGGCGAUGGAGGUGCUAAAAAAGGCCUUGAAACUGGAGCCGACCACCAAGGCGAUCCACAUCGAGUUAUCGAAACUCGUCAAACGUCAGUCUGGAGGCCAAGCCACCCAGGAAUGGAAAGCCAAACCUGCAGACAUGUUCGGAGACAACAUCACACCUUUUCUGCUUCCAUCAAAGAAGAAGUCAUCGGGAAUUUCCUGGAAGCUUUUACUGGGAGCUCUGGUGGUGGCCUUGGGCAGCUUAGUGACGUCCGUUAUUCUGACGGCAAGAAACUGACCACAUCUGCAGGAAGCACUCUGAACACUCUCAACCAUUAUCAUCUUCAUCAUCUGUAGCAUCAGCCUGCCCUUUAGCUAUAGUCCAGCACAGAGGAGUUCUCUACUGUGAAGGCAUGAGGAGAUUUACAAAGACAGGAGACCAAAUGAUGAAGCGCUGACCCUUGUUUUUUUAGGAGCGUUUCAUGAUAGAAUGUACAGUAUUUGUUAAAUAUUGACCUUAGUUCUGCACUGGAGUGUCUACUGAUCGAUAAGACAGCUCUUAACAGUAACUCAUCCUUCCAGCGUGGUCUGUUUUUGUGUUUUAUUUGGAAAAGAGAUUACAUUCCUUUAAAAAAAAAAAAAAAAAAA